AUGCAGAACGGCCAAAUACCAAUUCCCCUGAAGAGGCCAAGCGAAGAAAGUUCCACUCACUCGGAAGAUACUACGGUGCACAAGUACAACUACAACCAUCACAGCAGCGAUUAUAAUAAUAACAAUAACCCUCCCGAUAUUGAAAAAUGUCAGCCCUACCGGGGGUAUAGGCGACACGAUGAUCACGAUGACGAUGAUGACAAUGACAAUGACACGGAGAUUCUGAGCAAUGCUAGUGGUGGUAGCAUGAUUAGUAGUAGGGAUGGACGACAAAGGUCACGGGUGGUGAUGCUCUACGCGGCGUGUUAUGUCGCUUUUGCAAUCUUGUCGUUCUUCUCCGCCACUUAUUACUUUUUGUGCUGGAUGCCGUAUGAACCGUCCAACAGUGAUCCGUUUCCGGGCCGUCAUCGGUGA